CCCGAAAUCAUUUCCGACCUCACGCAAGACGACCGAAAAAGAACGAAAUCAAGUCGUUGUAACAUAAAACAGCAAAUUAUAGUAUAGCCGUGAAUGCACAAAAUAACGAGGGCUGUAUUUGUUAAUUUGUUUAUUCAUUUAUUUGAUUUAAACGACGCGUUUUAAUAGUACAACGUGACACUACGACGUGAAGUGUUUCCAGCCGAACGCUUUCUGUGUACCACCAGCGGUCGCUUAGCAACUGUUGUGUACUAGGAAUCAUGGCUAAGUUUGUUCUAGCAGGAAAGGCGGAUUGUCCUUAUUACGCCAAAGCCGAGCUUCUAGCAGAUUUGCUGCAAAGCAUCCUGCCAGAUUUCUGCAUUCACAAAAUCUGUAUGCUGCCCAGUGCCUGGGAGAGCUGGCUUGAAGACACUUGCUCAUCCAAUGGCUGGAAGCACACGAGCAGCCCCAUGGUGUGGAGGGAGCUGACCGACCGUGGAGGAAAGGGCAUGCUGCUCGGGGGAUUCAGUGAUUUUCUCGAAUAUGUGCAGGGCUACUACGGUAUCACGUCAGACAUGGGCACGGAGCUGAUGCUGAACAUCGCAGCAGAGAAUCUUCGGGCGACGGAACUACGCCUUUGGGAUGAAGAGAGACAACGCCAACUCCACCAGUCUUUCCACAUCUGGAUCAGCGGUGCUCUGAACCCGAUCUGCAACCACCUCAUCCCAUCGCUCUUCACGUCCGGCGUAUUCGCCGCCGUCCCCGCUGUCAGCCUCCACCUUUUGGACGCAGACGCCAGUGAAGACUCCCUGUUGGCUCUUAAAAUGGAGGUCGAAGACAUGGCUCUGCCUCAGCUCCACGAAGUCACCGUCCACUCGGACCUGACGGUGGCGUUCCGGGCGGCCGAUCUGAUCGUUCUCCUGGACGAGCGGGGACCGAACGAGGACGCGGAGCAGCGUCUGAGCCGAGUGGUGGAACGAUUAGAUUGCUACGGACGUCUAAUCGAGGACAACGCGCACAGAGAUCUACGAGUGCUGGUGGCAGGAGACGUCUACGUCAACUUGAAGUGCGGCCUGCUGAUCGAGCGCGCACCCUCCGUGGAUCCACGCCGCUUCGUGGCCAUCGCGGCGCAGCUGGAAGGAGAAGCGAGGACUCAGCUUGCAGUGCAGCUGUCAGUGAAAAGCCACGAUAUCACCGACGUCAUCGUCUGGGGAAACAUCAGUGGUCGUUACCACGUCGACCUACAACGAGCGAAGGUUUACAGAUACAAAGGUGCCAUCUGGGGACCUGCAGGAUUCUCUCAGAACAUCCUGGAGAUCGUUUACGAUAGAAAAUGGCUGGAGAAUGACUUCCCAGGCUCGGUCAGCUCGCGUCGAAGUGCCAUUUCUCUCAAGACGAACAGGCCUGCAGCUAUUUCUGCGACCAGAGGAAUCAUUACAGCUCUGAGCGCAUGGAUCAACGAUUCCUCUCCUCAGGAGAUCUUCUCACUGGGCGUGGUCAGUACAGGACACUUCGGUAUUCCUGUCGGUCUCGUUUUUUGCGUUCCCGUGACCUUCGAGAAGGGCGAGUGGUCGGUGUGCGCGGACGUCGUCGUCACCGAAGAGCUGCGGAGGAAACUGGAGGCUGCUGUUAACGAGAUAACAGCGGAGAAGUCCACUGCAGACGGGAUGAGGACGAAAUCAUCUCUCACUUCUUAUUCAAAUUCAUCACAAUAAAAUGGAACGAUUUGUUUGUCGUUUUUAAAUCUAAA